AUGGAUACAUACAAUCUUACAGUGCUGAAGUAUUUUAUUCUAACUGGAAUCACAGAUCUUCCAGAGUUGGAGGCCCCCUUAUUUGGACUCUUCCUCAUUGUGUACAUGAUCUCUGUGGUGGGUAAUUUGGGCUUGAUCAUCCUCACCAAAAUAGACUCCAGGCUUCAGACACCUAUGUACUUCUUCCUCAGACAGCUGUCUUUCACUGACCUUGGAUAUUCAACUUCCGUGGGGCCCAAAAUGUUAAUCAACAUUGUUGUUGAUCAACCAACAAUUUCCUAUAAUUGGUGCUCAAUCCAGCUGACCUUCUUCAGUAUGUUCAUCACUACUGAGGUGUUUGUCCUGUCAGCCAUGGCUUAUGACCGCUAUGUAGCCAUUUGCCAUCCACUGCUGUACACAAUCAUCAUGUCACCAAGAUUAUGCUAUGUGCUGGUGGUAGUACCUUACCUCUAUAGUAUUUUUAUAACUUUGUUGACAGUUAUCAAGAUUUUCAUUUCAUCAUUUUGUGGCCAAAAUAUCAUCAGACAUUUCUACUGUGACAGUCUGCCAUUAAUAUCAUUGCUGUGCUCAGACACACACGAAAUUAAACUGAUAAUUUUAAUCUUCGCAACUUUUAAUUUGGUUUCUUCUCUUUUAGUGAUCUCCAUAUCCUAUAUCCUGAUACUUGUAGCCAUUAUCAGAAUGAACUCUUCAGAAGGCAGACACAAGGCCUUUUCUACCUGUGGCUCACAUCUGACUGUGAUAGUUAUAUUCUAUGGGACUCUAUUUUUUAUGUAUGCGCAGCCAAAAUCCACUCACUCCCUUGAAACUGGUCAGAUGGCCGCUGUGUUCUAUACACUGGUGAUCCCCAUGCUCAAUCCUAUUAUCUACAGUUUGAGGAACAAAGAGGUGAAGCAGGCCAUUCAUAGGAAAUGGAAAAUGUGUUUGAACAUUCUACUUAAACUGUAA